GAGAGAGAAUCACAGCGAGAGAGCGUGAGUGUGAGGGAGAGAGCGAGAGAGAGAGUGUGUGAGGUAGAGAGAGAAUCACAGAGAGAGAGAGUGUGAGGUAGAGAGAGUGUGAGAGAGACUCACAGAGAGAGAGUGUGAGGUAGAGAGAGAGUGUGAGUUAGAGAGAGAGUAUUUGUGGAUAUGUGCUAGCUGUGUGCGCUGCGCACAUAAACCGCGGAGUCUGCAUCGAGGGGAUCUCUGCCGAUUCAUCCCUCGCCCUCUGCCCGGACUCGUGCGCCCCUCGGCCCCCCGCUGCCGCGGCGCGCGGAGAGGCGCGCGGAGAGACGCGGCCGCCACGCGGACCCCCGACUCGAACCCUCGUGCGGUCGCUGCGCGGCCACGCGCCGUGAUUUACAUUCAUUCACAACACCGCCGCUGCUGCUGCUGUUGUUGGUGGUGGUGGUAGUGGUUGCGCACGUUUGUGGGACGUGGGUGCAACGCGUCUCGAAAACCCCCGCGUGCAGGAGACACUGGAGGACAGAACGGAUCCAUCUGUCCCUCCAGUCCACCACCACCAACACCACCACCACCAGCACCACUACCACCAGCACCACCAGCACCACCACCACCAGCACCACCACCAGCACCACCACCUCCACCACCAUCGCGCGUGGUAGCGCAACACGCGCGGGUCUUGGCGCGCCUCGUGAGGGUUCCGUCGAAGCGAGGAGACCUCAAGAGGAACUAAAAACAACGUCGCUGCUCACUGCCCGCUCCUCCUCCUCGUACUCGGCGCCUCGCGCCCCGUCUCCACCCCGGGCUGCUGUCGCGCUGCGGAGACUCCGAGCCGGAGCGGAGCGCCUCGCGCGUGGGACCCGCGGGAGCCGCUCCGCGUUGCGCGCCUUUCCUGAGGGAGGGAGGCGCCCCCCAUAGACCCCCCCCUGUCCCCCGCCUCCUCGGCACGACGCCACGAGCUUCAUCCAGCCCGGGGCGUCUCCACCUCACCAGCCUCUCGGCGUCUCCACCUCACCAGCCUCUCGGCGUCUCCACCUCACCAGUCACCAGCCUCUUGGCGUCUCCAGGAGUCUGGUUCGGUGCCGGGAUCCGCGUCCCCGCGGGGCUCCAUGCCGGGGACCGACCCCGAGCGCGGUUGUCGACCUGGGGUGUGAAAUAAGUUCAAAGUCCACACGUAGCAGUAGUCGUGUUGUUGUUGUUACCAUCAACCCUAACAACAACCAUCACCUACAUCAUCUCCAUCGUCGAUAUCACUACCAGCAGCAGCAGCACCACAACUACCAUCAGCACCACCACAACUACCAGCAGCAGCACCACAACUACCAGCAGCACCACCACAACUACCAGCAGCAGCACCACAACUACCAGCAGCACCACCACAACUACCAGCAGCAGCACCACCACAACUACCACCAGCGGCAGGGCGUCUCCAAUGCCACGCUGCACGCGCCAUGAGCGGCCCCGGCGCGGCCUCUGAGCUCCCUGCGCUGAGUCUCGCGGCGAACGGAACGCGGCCCGCGGCGCCAUGGAACCUCUCGGCGCCGGGGUCGUGGCCGGGGGCCGGGUUCGGGCCCGAGCUGGGGUCGGGGCUGGCCUCGGCCGAGGAGGAGGGGGACACGGGUCGUGCUGCGGCGAUCCCCCUGGAGCACAAUUACGCGGCGCUGACGCUGGGGGUGGCGCUCAUCGCGGUCAUCAUCCUGGGCAACGUCCUCGUGUGCCUGAGCGUGUUCACGGAGAAGGCGCUCAAGACGGCCACCAACUACUUCAUCGUGAGCCUCGCCGUGGCAGACCUCCUGCUCGCCGUACUCGUGCUGCCGCUCUACGUCUACGCAGAGUUUCUGGGGGGCACGUGGACCCUGAGCACGGCUCUGUGCGACGCGCUCAUGACGAUGGACGUGAUGCUGUGCACUGCCUCCAUCUUCAACUUGUGCGCGAUAAGUGUGGACAGGUAUAUCGCCGUGGUGGUGCCCUUCCAGUACAACCGCAGCCGCUUCGGCUGCCGCCAGCUGGUGCUCAUUGGCGCCACGUGGGUGCUGUCGCUCGGCGUCGCCAGCCCCGUCAUCUUCGGCCUCAACGACGUGGAGCGCCGCGACCCGGCCGUGUGCCGCCUGGAGAGCAGCAGCUUCGUGCUCUACUCGUCCGUGUGCUCCUUCUUCGUGCCCUGCCCCAUCAUGCUGGCGCUCUACUACUGGAUCCUGCGCGGACUCCGGCGGUGGCGCCGCUCUCGAAGGAGCCGGAGCCGGGCCGACGGUUCGGGCCGCGGCCCCCGCGAAGCGCGCAAGGCCGGGGCCGGGGCUGCGGCGGCACCGGCGGCACCGGCGGGGGGGGAGGCGCUGGGGAAUGGUCGAGGGAGGGCGCCCCCCCUGCAAGGGGACGCUGGGGGUAGAUUCGAGCAGCAGCAGCAGCAGCAGAAGGCGGGAUACCUCCCCGGCCCUGCCGCUGUCGCCUUCCUCCCUCGGGGGGCCCCGACGCCGAGCCCCCCGGCAGGAGGAGGAGGAGGAGAUGGGGUCUCGUGCGCGGCGGCGGGGCCCCCGAGUGUCGACAUCCCCCGAGCGGACGAUGAAGAGGAGGAGGAGGAGGAGCACCCGGAGGGACACAGCGGGGGUCCCUGCGGGGGGGGUCUGCCCCCCGCACAGGGACCCCGGCCGAGAAGGGGUCGGGGCGGGGAGCGGCCGUGCCGGGGCGGGCGGAGAAUGAGCGGCAGGGAGCAGAAGGCGAUGCGGGUGCUGCCCAUUGUAGUAGGAGUGUUCCUCGCCUGCUGGACGCCCUUCUUCGUGGUGCACGUGACGCACGCGCUCUGCGCAGAGUGCGGCGUCAGCGCGGCGCUCGUGAGCGUCGUCACGUGGCUCGGCUACGUGAACAGCGCCGUGAACCCCAUCAUCUACACGGCCUUCAACGCCGAGUUCCGCGGCGUCUUCCGCAAGGUGCUCUGCUGCCGCUCCGCCUCGUAGGGAGCCACGCGCCUCCACUCAGGGGGGGAGCCACGCGCCUCCACUCAGGGGGGGAGCCACGCGCCUCCACUCAGGGGGGGAGCCACGCGCCUCCACUCAGGGGCCCGGGGACCCGCGGAAGAAUGCCACGUGGGGACCCCCCCCCCCCCCCGACGGCGUCACCAUCCGCCGGCCCCUUGUGGGGAUUUUCUCUCGUGUGAGGUCCAGCGGCUCCCCCACUGGGCGGCUCUGGGUGUGUGCACAAACAACCACCCCACAAAGACAAAGAUCCCCCGUAUAGCCUUAACAGACUGGAGGGGCAAGUGCUGUUAACGGGCACCCUUGAAGGCCGGAACGGCACACGAGGGGGUAAGUGGCCAGUACCACGCCCGACCGCCUUUGUCUCCCCAGUGACAAUGUUUACACACUUCACCAGGUACUCAUUUGAUGCUUAAUUCGAUCUCGGGGAGGUCCAGAACCGGUUCAGAUAAUCGCCACUGGUAUUGGCCGUGAGCGGGAAUGGAACUCGGGUCGCCGGGUUUGUAGCGCAGCGUAGCGCUACCACCUACACUACCGCUCCCCACUCACCCAUCCACACACCCACACACGGACACACAUCCAUCCACACACCCACACACGGACACAACACCGCUUUCUCACCGUCACUCCAAGCACCUCGUCAUCCUCUCCACUCGUCUUUUGAAUCUUCUCCCAACGUUGCUGCGCUGAUUUAUAUCGAAAUCCGCUUCUGCUCUGAUCCUGAAUCAAGUGGCAGUCAGCGAGUGACUGAUUUGCAUAAUUUACUAUUUAUUGUUGUCGUCGUUAUUAACUUACAAUCCAUUGAUAUCGAGUCGGGGGCUAUAUGCUAUGUAGAGAAACUCGACCGCGGAGAAAACCCGGAUAGCGAAGCAAAGAAACUCCGGCGUGGAACGGAGAAACUUUGGCGUGGAAUAUUAAAAAAACUUCGGAAUGGAGUCGAGAAAACGUGGGAUGGACAUAGAACUCUGGCACGGAGCCGAUAUAUUCCAGCGACUGCCAACUGUAAACCCUGACAUGGGGCCAUUAAACUCUGGCAACCGGAGACCAGAAACUCCGGAAUGGAGCAGACAAACACCGUCGUGGAGCCGAGAAGCUCUGGCAUCAGGAGCUCCGCGGGAGUGGAGCUUCGGUAAUGUGGAGUCUCGGCUCCCACGGCCUCACCUCCCUUCACAAAGAGGAAGACUCCGCCCCCCCCCCCCCCAGCGACCCCUCUACCCCGCCAAGGCUGGAUCAACCCCACAGUUCACACACGUGGCCGGGGACGGUAACCCCCUUCACUGGAUCCCCUUUGGCCCCGGUGUGUGGAGGUGUCCCCGGGGGCCCCCUGGGGUCCGUGUGCGCUGCGGCUUUCGUGGUUUUGUCCUGUGCGGUGAGUGUCGAGAGAAUAAAAUUCACGGUGAUUGG